AUGGUCAGGUCAACCCAAAUCGCACGGCUUGAUGGUGAGGAAGUCUUUAUGGAAGAAGAAGUGACACGGUUGCUAACUCAGGAGCAAACAGGCCUUAUGCUAGCAGCCUCGGUCGACGAUGAGCAGGCUGAGUCUGAGCUGGCUGAGAUCAAGAGUCAAGCCAAGAUGAUCUUCCGUCGACUGAAUCGCAAUGCUGCGCCGCAAGCCAGCAUCGAAUCGGGCCAAUACAAUCUCCACUACAUGAUCAAGGACGAAAUCUGCUUCCUCUGCAUUUGCGACCGCUCCUACCCCCGCAAGCUCGCAUUCACUUAUCUCGAUGAUCUGGCUUCUGAAUUCACCACCACCUACUCCUCCUCGCAAUACCUCUCUCCCACCCUCCGCCCAUAUGCCUUUGUCGAGUUCGAUACCUUUAUUCAGCGCACAAAGAAGCUGUACCAAGAUAGCCGUGCCUCGGGGAACCUGGACAAGUUGAAUGACGAGCUCCGUGAUGUCACCAAGGUCAUGACCAAGAAUAUCGAGGACCUUCUUUACCGUGGAGACAGCUUGGAACGCAUGGGCGAGCUGUCUGGCCGUCUGCGGGAGGACAGCAAGAAAUAUCGUCGGGCAGCAGUGCGCAUCAACUGGGAAUUGUUGAUGAAACAGUACGGGCCUUUCGCCGGCGUUGGUCUCUUCGUGCUCCUCCUCCUUUGGUGGCGAUUCUUCUGA